ACAGUUUGUGCUUUUGUUUCACUGUCUAUAGUCGAAAAGGUGUAGCUUAGCUUAUUUUGUGACAUCCAGUGGUUAUUUCAUGGAGAAUAUGCUUUUUGAGUCAAAGUUCUUAUCUUUUUCCCAAUUGGAAUAUGGUAUUCAGGGUCGAAAUGCUUACAAUUGCUGUGGCACGAGCAAAAUUUGAUGCUUCAAAUUUCAUAAGUUAUCUUCUGCCUGUGGUUGGAACUCCAAUUUUUCAUCAUAUUUUCUUUGCAGUUUCAUGGAUCCUAAUCGUUUUAUGGAUGAAAAUUGUGAAAACAGACUCUACAUUGGUAACCUUGAUCUGAGAAUAACAGAGGCCACUCUAAUUAAAAUGUUUUCUCCAUUCGGAAAAAUUGUAUCUGAGGAUUUCCUGUGGCAUACUCGGGGCCCAAAACGUGGGGAGCCACGGGGUUUUGCUUUCAUCCAGUACAGCACCAAAGAGGAAGCAAGAUUGGCCAAGGAGAAAAUGCAUGGGAGACUUGCUUGUGGCCGCCCAUUGGUUGUCCGUCUUGCCAGCGAGAAGUACUUGAUGGACUCAGCAGAAAACUGUUCCAAAGGGAUUGGUGAGGCAAACAGAACAAGCACAAGUGGUAGCAGUUCAGGUCAGAUGACCCGGAGUGCUAAAAUAGCUGCUAUCAAGAACAAAUUGAAGGCUUUGGAAGAUGAAGGUUCCAGCGCAAAGAAGCAGAAGCAUGCUGACAAUGCUUCUUGUACCGAUAGACUUGGUCGUUCAACUCCAUCCAUCAAAAGAUAGCGAUGGCUAAGAGACAGAAUGAAGUCUCCUGGUGACAGAGAACCAUUUGGAGUUUCCAGGAUCUCAAAGAUUUUACAUUUUACAAUUUUAUUUUAAACUCCUAUAAAAUGUACUAGAGGGUGGUGUAAGAUAAUCCUAACUCAUGGCAUUGAGUAAACAAAAACAAAUUCAAUAAGUGUUACAGCGUUCUAUUGAUGUAUGAGAAAUAAAAAGUUCAAUAUGUUUCUGAA